AUGAUCUACCUAAACGAUAGCUUUAGAGAAUGGGAUUCCUCUGAAGAAUGCACCUGGGUGCUCAACCUAACCCCCUUUGAGAGUCUUGCCUGGCAUGGUAAGAGCCUUUAAAAAUAUUCUAUAACUUGGAAACCUCUAGAUCCCAGUUCCUUUUAUUAUGCCAAACUCUUAGACCUGAGCAACCCAGUCCAUUUACCUCAAGAGACAGGUCUAAGACUCUCUCAUUUUUCGUAUCCCCAAUUUGAAUGGGGUCCUGAAUGGCCCUCUCUGGCCUCUUGUGGGGUCCCACCUUUUCCAAAGCCUCUUGUAAGCUGCAGCCAGUACUAGGAUUAUGCUACUCUACACAGAGCACUGAAGUUUGCCACCAAACAGUUAAGCCUGAACUUUGAGUAGAGCCAGUCCCACACACGAAUUUGUAAAACAUACCCUAAUUCCCGUGUUUCUGGCAGUUGCUAUGGCUGAUUGACAAAGACAGUUAAAGAAACAACAUGCAGUGACCCCUUCAACACUACUUACUUCCACACUGAUUUUCAGAAGGCAGUUAACAAACUCCCAAUUGCUUCACUAUAA